AUGAGUUUGCUUCCAAAAACAGAAUUAGAUUUUGCUGAAUUUGAAUUAAUUUUUUUUAUUAAAUUUAGGUAUGGGGAGUAUGCGGAAUUAUCUGAAGUCUUGCACAAAUAUGUUAAAACUCAGGAUUUUAUUUUAAUGGUAGGAUGUGGGAAUUCAAUGCUUGGUGCAGAAUUAUUUGAUUUGGGAUAUAAAAAAAUAACCAGCAUAGACAUAAGUGGUGUUGUUAUUAAGCAAAUGAAAAACAAAGUUGGUAAAACUAGACCAGAAAUGAUAUUCGAAGAAAUGGAUGCAUUGAAUAUGACUUACAAAGAAGAAACAUUUACUGUCAUAUUAGAUAAAGGUACUUUAGAUGCCUUGAUGCCUAGCGAUUCAGAAGAUGAUAAGAUGAGGGCUAAUAAACUUUUUGCUGAAGUCGAUAGGGUUUUAAAAUAUCAUGGCAGAUAUGUAAUAAUAUCGUUACUUCAAAAACAUAUUUUGAAAACAUUAUUAGAUUAUUUCAUGGAAUCAGGAUGGAUGAUAAAAAUCAUAAGAUGUUGGGAUGUAGAGAAAAAGCAUAUUUUUGAAAAUGGUAGUUUGGCAAUGCCUGUUUUUAUGAUUGUAUGCAUUAAAUUUAAAUCUCCUCAAAAAAUGGAAUCGAUUUUGGAAAUUAAUGCAUUUAUUGAUGGCAGGUCGAAAAGAAUAACAUCUAAAAAAGAAGUUAUUGAUAUUAUUUGUGGAAUCCAGGAGACCAUUUUUAAUUUUAGAGAAACAAAAGGUGAAGUAGAAAUAAAUUUUUGCCAAGAUGGAACAGGAAAAUCUAGGUAUACAAUAUAUAUAAAUGAUGUAUCCAAAGAUCAGAGAAAACUUUUGAAAUAUGCUGCUUUUAUUGUACCAUUCGGAAGAGAAACCGAUUGGAUGUUUGGAACUAUUGAAGGACGUAAUUAUUUACGUGAUUCGACCGGACAUGAUAGAUUAGCCGUUAUAACAUUUCACAGAAAUCAAAAUUACGGUACAUUAAAUGAAGUACAAGACGAAUUACGACAAACGAUUUUACAAUUGGCUCCUCCCUUCAUGAGUUUUUCAUCUAAUUCUCAAAACAUACCGUAUUUGACACUAGAAGACGGUAUGGGUCAUCGUGAAACUAUUUUUACUGGUACAAGUACUUAUUCGGGUGAUUUGUUAGUCGAAGAUGUCACAAUCGACAAUGAAAUAUUUCGUAGGCUUAUAUUUUUAAAUAAUCAAUCGGUUGUUCAAUCAGAAGCAAAAAUGAAAAAAGGUAAAAAUAAAAAGUUGUCGGUGGAUUCAUCUUACAUAGCAUCUCAACACAUACUUUAUAUGUCGAUACCAGCUCCGAUAAUAGCAUCAUCAUCAUCAUCAUCAUCAUCGAUUGCAGUUAUAGGAGUAGGCGGUGGAAAUCUUUGCAUGCUUUUAAACGAUCUUUUUCCCUCCAUUUCCAUAACCGGCGUAGAAUUGGAUCCCCUCGUCGUGGAAAUAGCUAAAAAAUAUUUCGGUUUAAAAACGAAUGAAAAAUUAAAAGUUAUCGUUAAAGAUGGUUUAGAAUUUUUAAAUGAAAAAUCUAAAUAUGAUAUUAUCAUGUACGAUGUUGAUAAUAAAGAACAAGGUUCGGCUUUAAGUUGUCCGCCUUUACAAUUUUUAGAAUCGUCCAUAUUGAAAAACGUUGCCGAUAGUUUGGGAAACGAAGGGAUAUUUGUGAUAAAUGUCGUUUCGAGACUUAAAUCCGAACACGAUAAAUUAUUUAAAAAAAUCAAAAAACAUUUUUCACAUAUUUGUUGGUAUAAUUUAAAAGAAGAUGUUAAUAGAAUUGUUUUUGCAACGAAUAAAAAAUUAAAUUCGAAACAAGAAUGGAAAAAUAUAAUAAAUAAUUCAGCUAGAAAUUUAGAAAAUGCAAUCGACGAAAAAUUAAAACUACGAAUCGAAACAAUCGAUUUGGAUCAUUUAUUUAACAACUUGACCGUUGAAUAG